AUGACUUCAUUCAAUGGGAAAGUGAUUGCCGUGACUGGCGCUGCUUCUGGAAUGGGCUUGGCCACUGCGCAGCUCCUCGCCUCCAGAGGUGCCAUUAUCUCCUUGGCGGACAUCAACGAAGAUUCCCUCCGCAAAGCCAAGGAGUCACUAUCAGGAAGCAAGCACAUUUACCAUGCAGUAGAUGUCAGCAAAAGUGAUUCGGUAAACGCUUGGAUCCAAGAUACUUUGCGAACACUCGGCAGACUCGAUGGUGCUGUCAACAUGGCUGGUAUUAUUGCUGAGCCAACGCCACUCAAAGAUUACGACGAUCAGGUCUGGGACAGAAUGUUUGCAGUCAAUGUACGGGGGGUGUUCAACUGUAUACGUGCAGAAUUGAACGCGAUGUCUGCUGGAGCAAGCAUUGUCUCAGCUGCAAGCGUCUUUGGACAAUUUGGUGCGCCUGGCCAUGUCGCAUAUUGUGCAAGUAAGGCGGCCGUCAUCGGACUUUCAAGAACAGCGGCGAAGGAGAACUCUCACGUUCGUAUCAAUUGCGUCUCACCAGGUUCGGUAAGCACGCCUAUGAAUCAGCACGAUACUCCGGAGCAUAUCGCAAACAGCCUGUCGGGCACUGUACAGAAGAGAAGGGCAGAGCCUAUCGAGGUCGCUCGUGUCAUUGCUUUCCUCCUAAGUGCUGAGGCGUCCUUUGUGACCGGGGCCGUGUACAACGUCGAUGGUGGCUGGGUCUGCUAG